AUGCUACUGCCUAUUUCGAUGGAAGAUUUGGAAUUAUUUCCUAAAAACAAGCAAUUAAUAGUACCUAAAUUACCGAUUGCACAAUUUUCGCCAGAUGAAUUUGAGCAGAUGCGUAAUCAGUUAGCAAAAAUUUGGUGGUCACGUCUUAUUAUCGCUGUACGUGGUUACGUUGCAAAUUAUAUUGAAGAUAAUGAUGAGAAAUUAUUUCUUGCUGAUGAUGCAUUUAUUAUUAUUCAUCGUUAUCUUGUCGAAUCAAACGUAACGGAUGCUAUACAACAGUUUUUAAUUGAUCUGGAAUUUAUUGUUAAUUAUCCAAAUGUAAUUACAAUUCUUAACGAUCUCAGUAAUGGCUUUUCAAAAUAUAAUCCAUUUGUUGAUCCUAAAAGUAACAAUCAUUUUAUCAGGAUUUACGGGGAACCGGAUAGAGGAACAUAUCGUGUUGCAAAUGCUCAAAUUAUUGCUCAUAUUAUAUUCAUGCAUAUAUUUUUGAUAUUACAACAACGAUGGAAAUUUUCAAUAAAAAAACGUAAAAGUAUCCGAUUUCAAGAGGAUCCGGAAUGGCAACCUGAUGAUCGUGUUGUCCUUUUUCAACAUUUUUUUAAAGGAAAUCGAACAUGGGUAAUGACUGAUUUUGAUCGGCAUAUUAUUAAUGUGUGGCGUCCAAAAGGAUCAAUUGUAAUCUUUGGUGAUCGUUUCAUUAAGGAUAAGCAACGAUUUGGAUAUUCAUUAUGCUUUUAUUGCGGUAUGUUGGAACAACAAAUUGGUCAGUUUAGAUGUCAUCGACAACGACGAUACUGUUCUCAAAAGUGUUUCUAUGCUGCACUUGCUGAAGAUAACAAUACAGAAAGAAUUUAA